AUGGCUAAGGAGUCAAAUCUUGUGUUUGUAUGGCUUUUACUGUUGUGCUUCUUUGCGAGAUCAAGACCAGAGCAGAAUGAAUCAGGUUAGUUUAUUUCAUCCGUUGUUACAUUUGGUUAAUUAUCGUUACGUUCGGCUCCAAAUUGAGUUUUUCAGGCCUUUCUGUGACCGCUGAGGACUCCCGGUACUAGGCGCAGUGACUUUGAAAUCGCUAUUUUAACCUCGACUCACAAAUAUUCAGGCAGGCCUUAAAAACUUCCAUUAACAAAAAUUAAUGUGCGCGUCAAUCUCUGGACAUUUAAAGUAACACAGAAUCUGGCAUAUUCUUUGCGGUAGAUACAGGCAGAUACGUAUUCUUCGCAAAUUAAAGCUUAGAUUUGAUGCAGCUGAAAUUAGUUCUUUUCAUUGUCUUAUUGUGUUGCCUCUGGGGUCAUAGAUCACAAAGAAAACUCUUCGAUCCGUGUAAAAACAGUAGACAAUAAACUAUAAUUGCGUAGAACGUGUAAUAAAUGUUUAUAGGUAGCGAUCGUUAAUACGGUCGAACACUCGCACUCGCAGCGCACAAUUGGUAUUUAAUUACUGUCGUUUUGGGGUUUUGCGCACUUAAUUGUUCGUUUUCCCUUUACGGAGUCUUAAGGUUUCGUUUCGUCGUAAUAGUUCAAUAACAAAACUUCAUAGCUAGUACGUACAUUUGAAAUACGAUAUUUACGCUGGGUUUAUUACAUCAGAGGACGUGUUACUUAAAAUUUUCUUAGAAAGAGAAUUAACACAGAGACUGUGUUUUGUGGUUGAUCAAGACUGAGGAAGUACUCGAGAAAUCAUUAAAUCAUUAGGUUCAUGUUCAGGUUGUUUUAGUUUUUGAGUAAAUAUAGAAUUUUAUGAUAAUUUGGAAUUAUGAUUAUGUGCGUAACAAGUGAAAACCCGAUCCGUCGAAACAUAAACCUUGAUUUCAAGGUCAUGAUAAUAUUACUCUCGAUCGGAUAUGAAAAAAAUUAGAGAUCUGCUGGAACUAUCACUCAGUUUUCAAAAUUUCAUCAUUGAACAAGGAGAAAGAGAUGACUGGGACGCAAGUAAUUCUCUCUAGUUGUGCACAAACAUAUAUCGACUUUCAAUUCCAUUAUCGGGGAGCUUGAAAAAUAAUCUUUUCCCCAUGAUAUGUUACGUAAAUGCAUAGUUUCAGAUUUCCUUUAAGUUUUCAAAGUGCCAAGAAAGCGAGUUUAUCAUUCAGAAAAAGGUAGAGAAUGUUUUGUCGUGGCAGUGCAUUGCGAUAAAUAAUUUGCCCUAUGUUUCUGAAACAAGCAGUGCACCUGUUUUUAGAAUCGAUUCUCCGUCCCUUCGUGGUGCACAUUUUUGUGUAUAACAUAUGGAAUAACGCCUUUUUCACCCAGGUGAUACACUGUAAGUGUGGAUUUUUCUCUCUGAUCUUAAGAAAUGGACUGGGAAUUUCUCCUUUGACAAACUGACUGUCAGAGAGUGUGCGCCUUUUGGUGUAGAAAGGUCUCCUCAAGAAAAGGGCAGUUCACAUGUUGAGCCAUGAUUCUUAACUUCUGAAGGAUAUCCAGUUAUCAAAAAUCUGCUUUAUGUAUCAUAAAUAAAAAAACAAAUUCCAGCUUUCUUAUCUUGUCCUACACAUGGGAUCAGGGGAACAUCAGACUUCCGGAUUAUAAAUUAUGUUCUGGUACUCUACUACAGUUGGUAGAGGGUAGCUGUUCUUGACAAUUAUUUAAUUCACAGGUGGCAAUGGGUAAGAAUCACGAAUAGUUGCAAUUUACAGGAGCUUUACUCAAAUAACUCUGUAGACCUUUCAUCAGUAUACAAAUUUUCCACACUUUUCUCUGUUUGUUGUGCAUUUCCCAUAGAACUGAAAAGGAGGAAUUGGUUAAUAAUCAAGAUUUUUCUCUGUAGACUAUCAUUUUUUUUUUAUUCUCAUGACUUUAUUGUUUAAUUGUGUUUUGAAUAACACUGUUAAUUUUUUCUUUACAUAAAAAGUUCAAUAUGAGAAAGCAAGAAAGCAAAAAAGCAAAAAUUGUCUAUUGAAAAAUGGAAGAAGUCUUUCCGGAAGAGACAAGGGGUUCCUGGUUGGCUUGACCCCCAAUUUUUUUUUCUAUUUUUACUCACUUGUCACGCUUUUCAGUUCUUCCGGUUUGUGACUUAAAUACCUGUGUCAAAUUGACGCAGCUAUUGACAAGAAGCAGCGCUUGUAUGGCGUCAACAAUUUGCUUCAGUUGGAGCGCCAUACAGCACAAGUUUGAUUUGAAAUCAUGAUUAGACUAAAAUUAUACAACACAACGUUCAAUGAUAUGUACCACUUUAUUAUAUCCAUCGUGAGAUUGAAAAAUUCAGUUGCUCAGAUGCAGGAUUUUUUAGUCUGUACAAAUGUUUUGUUGAUCCAGUAGUAAGCUGGUUUGUAGAAAGUUGCAAGUUAAGGUUAUUUCCCACUGUCACAGGUGUCCUUCAGAAAAAAUUUGUACGUGCACGAGUUUCACUAAAAUCCUAGUGAACUAUGCAUCAUAAGAAAGCCUUUCUUCUGAUCAUAGAAGGUUUGUUAAUUGCAGAUUACAAUAAAAAUGUAAUUUAAGCAACUUUUCUUUUAAAGAAGUGUCAGGAGCCGGUAAGGUGUGAAAUGACGGAAGGUUCUUCUAUUGAAUUUAUCGGGUAUUGGAUGUUACAGCAGGAGCAAAAUGGUCGAAAUCUGGACGCCAGCUUGGAGCUCUUCUAGUACAAGUCACUUUCACAAAGGAUUCUUUUUCUUUUUUGACAGAAUGAUACUCUUUCUUUCCUUCUUUACCAAGGAUUAUCUUCCGGUUUUGGAUUUUCCAUGAGCAAAGAUCUCCGUUUGUGAGUUUUUUAAAGUGCGCAAUGUAAACAAAAUAUAGAAAUGACACCAAAAACGAGCCCUAUCAUGAGUAGUUGCCACGAAAAAUUCCUCUAGGGGGUUUGCCCAGGUCCAAGAUAGUGACACCAUCCUGAUUUAUUAACUUUUAGUUAAAAGCAUAUUUUUCUAAAUAACUUGGGUGCUUUUAAAGAUUUCUAUUAAAGAUCUCUAUUUAAAACUUCUCACAACUCUUUUUUUUUUUUCUUUUUUUUCUUUUCAAGUGCCAUGGUACAUGGGCUGUUACAAUAACAGGGAUGUCACUAAUGGCCACAUUAGUAAAGGCUCAUCCCACACAUCUGCUCAAAGGGAUCCUAUGACACCAGUGAACUGUGUCAGUCAGUGUGUUAAGCGGUAAGUGUUAUUUGAUGAGUUGAAAAAAUAAAGUUUGGGGAAAACAAAAUUAGUUGUUUAGGUUAGGGUCAUUCCACCUUAAAGUCGCUUUUUUAAUUUUCUUUUUUAUGACGACACUGUAAUUGCAGUUAACUUGGUGAAGAUUGAUGAAACUGGUAUCUGUAGGUUGGUUUUGAUGUAAUGCCAAAUUCCCCAUGUUAAAUUUUCCUUGGAAUUACACAAACAUUCAGAAAGAGAAUUCAGCAGUUCGUUUAUCAGAACUCAGUUAGAACUUUUUCCCCAACAAUAUAGCCUUCACUUCAUCACUUGUUUCAAAAGCAUAUGGCUAAUAACCCUUAGUGUCACCCUUCACAAUAAAUCAGUUUAAACCCUUUAAAUACCAACACACACUGUUCUCCACAAAUAGGGGAGAAGCUGGUUUCCUUUUGAUUCUUGUUUCUGAAGGGCUGGCUUUAAAGCUGUGCCACAUCUGUCUUGAUCUGAAAUAAAUUUUUAUUUCCUGCAAGUACUAUUUUAAUUGGCUGCACAACACCCAAAAACUAUAUGGAAAACACUGAACACAGGGUGAUGUGUGGAGUUCAUUCAAAAGUCAUGUACAGUUGAGAGACAGUGUAAAUGCAAAGAACUUCAAUGAUUGAGAGUUUGGCUAAGAAUUUGGAAAGAUGAUUUGAAGUCAUUGGUACGAUCAGGAGACAUUAAUGGGUUAGUCUUAGAGUGUGAUAGCGGUUCCUGGAUCAGAAGGUGUGGCUUUAUGCCAGUGGGCCAAAUGUGAUUGAAUUUGUUUUGUUCCCUGGCAGCUACCGUUAUGCUGCAGUAAGAAAUGGAAGUAUCUGUAUUUGCCUUAUGGAAAUAGACAAGAAUGCCACCACCAGUGAUAUUCACUGCAACACGAGGUAUUAAAUGUCUGCUUAAAAUUAUUUAUUAUUAUAAAUUAUUUUUUUAAAAUUAAUUUAUAAGCAAUGUCUUUUAAUCCUUUACACCCUAAAAUCAGUAUGCAUAUUCUCCACACUGUUCUCUAAACAUUUCCUAAGAUGCAGACAUGGAGAAUUUGUCUAGCAAUCAAGAGCUUCUUUACUGGGUGAUCAGCUCCUUUAUUCUCCUGACCCUCAUUUUUGAUUCUGGGGUGAUAUGGUUAAGAGAAAUUAGAUGCCAGCCACUCUUAGGGGUUAAAUGGUUAAUAGUACUGGUACCAGGACAUGUAGUUUGAUUUUCAGGGGGUAUUGCCAACUAGCCCUAACUAAAAUUAUAGCAAAGCUACAAUUUUAGAGUUUCUGAUUUGGGGGAAGAAUUUGGUAGGGGAUCCAAUGAGAGGGGUGGAGGAGGGGGGGGAGGCCAGUACUAGAGAUAAGAAGUUCAAACUUCCCCCUCUCUAUCAAGCCUUCUUUUCUGUGGGAGAUGUGAAAGCCAAACCAAGCUGUUCAGGUUUGAUACCUGCAUGACUACAUGAUGGUCAACAUGUCAUGUUCUUGGGAUAGAUACUUAUGUUCUCUCUCUCUCAGGCCAGGGUUUGCAUACAAUUAUGGGAGGCAGAUACAUGUAGGAAACUAAUAGCUCUGAAGCAAAAAAACAGUAUUUUUUUUCUAUAGAGUGCAUCUAUUUGUUUGCUUACAGUUGUCAUGGAGACAAAAGUAUCAUGUGUGGAGGAACAAAUGCAAGUAAUAUCUACUCAACAUCCGUCCCACUUCUUGAAUCAUUGCAUAAUAUUCUUCCAAACCAAGCUGCAAAAGGCACCUUAGUCACUGUUACAUCAAUACUCUCUAUCAAAAGAUUGGCAGAUGAAGUCAGUGGUUUGAACAGAAUAAAACAAGGAAAUGAAACAGCUGACAGCAUUUUUAUAACAUGGUCUGUUCAAGGAAAGGUUUACAAUGAUGCAAAAGUUCAUUUAACUGGAUAUUCAAUGAAUAUCUCAAAAGAUAUAAUGUUUCAACAGUAUGGCAGUCAGGAGGUUUGUGUUUUUGCACGUAACUUGUUCUCAUUCCAGCGGAAAUGCAGUCAUGUUGGGGUUUUGGUUCCAAUAACUGGCUUACAACUUGUCACUGUCUUUCAAGGAGGUAGCAAAGUGCCCAUCAGAUUUCCAUUAAUAAGAAGCUGUAAAUUGGUUUAUUUCAAAUUUAUGAUUGUUCAGGGGUCCUUCCCUGAAUUUAGAUUUGACUUUGGGGAUAGAACUGUUCCAUAUACUGCAACAGAUUCUUCACCAGAUCACAAUUCACAGGAUUACUCUUGUAUGACUGCUUCCCACAUCUUUAGAAGUUCAGGCAAUUUUACAAUCAAUGUCACAGUGUCAAACGCUAUUAGUCGGAAGUGUCAGACCUUUUAUGUUGUUGUGGAACAUUUUAAGGCAAGCAUUGAACUUGAGAAGAAUAGCAAGGAUUGUUUGCGUGUUGAAGCAAACAUGUCGUCAAUAUUAAAAGCCAGAAUCUUGGAUUUAGAGGGAUGUAAUGUUAUCUAUAAAUGGAAUUUUAAUGAUUCUUCUCCAAAUAUCACAACCUCAGGUGAGCAAGUUAAUAUUGUUGUAAGCUAGGUUUAACUUACAUAUUUAUUUUGAAAUUUGAGUGCCAUUGUAAAAGUAGUUAAGCCUUUAUACAGGCCCAAGUGGCCCAUGGGGCCGGUGCUUAACUCCAGUUUUCUUAACAUGAAGCAGCUAGGAGUAUUGUUGGGAUGCUAGUCCAUCGUAGGGUUAUUCCCAGCACAUUUGCUGGUACCCAUUUGUACACCUGGGUGAAGAGAAGCACUGUGAGAGUAAAGUGUCUUGCCUAAGAACACUACACGAUGACCCUGGCCAGGGCUCUGGAGUUGAGCGCACUAACCAUGAGGCCACUGCGUCUCCGUGUGCCAUUGUGGUUAGUUGAUAAGCUCAUCUUGUAGAGCUCCUGACCAAUGUAUGGGAGGUUGAGGGUUCUCUGUACUGGUUAGCAAGGGACAUUUAAGAACCCAUGCACUUCUUGCAAAGAGUUUGGAAUGCAGCUCUCGGUGUUGUGGUCUGGCCAUGUAAUAGUUUAUACAGGCUUGUCCAGUUGAAGCAGGUUUCAAGCUGAACAGGGCCAGCCUUUCUAAAUAUCACACAUAAAUGAAUAAAUAAAUGAAUAAAUUUUGGUUUAUUCCAAACCCUGAGAGAACCCUGACAACAUGUUAGGGGUAGCAGAUGAUGGACUAGCAUCUCAUCCAGGGUGGGUCGGAACACUCUUAAUCUCAUGAUGUGUGGGCCACUUAAUUGGCUCAAAAUGCUGACUUUGUUUUACUAAUUUUAUUAAUAAAACAAUUUUUUUAUCAAGGAAAUUAAACUCAGAUUGGUUUGAGUAGGGUUUUAGUCAAGAAAUAUCAUUGGUAUUUCAAGCGAGGCAGCUCAAAGAUGACACGUCCAAGAAGGGGGGGAGGGGCUCCUGAGAUUCUUGUUUGAUACAAGAGCCAGCAAAAGAAAUGUAAGGGGCAAUUCAUGUGGCCAACAGCUGUUGCUAUGUGACAACCCUGGUUUCAUGCCAUGGAAAUCAGACUGAUCUCACAUAGUGUGAGCCUUUCAACUUAAGUACUAAGUGCCAAAUUUAUAUAAUUUUUAUUAUAAAAGGUUUUUUAUUAUGGAAAAUUAUACUCAGACUGGUUUGAGGUUAAGUUGUGUGUUUUCUUCCUGUCCAGUUCCACAGGUGUCUCACUCAUUCUCCCUUGCACAUCAGUGGUAUAAUGUGACAAUUACUGCAUUCUAUGAUGGUGGUGUAAGUCAAACAGUGGAGCAGGUGUGCCCUAUUAAAAGACUGCAAGGUGAGUACAUUAUAUUAUCUGUAUAAACAUACAGUACCACUCAAAAGUUAAUUGAAAGUCUUGACUCGAAACACAAUUAGACUUGCCAAUAGAUAUUUUUUGCAUACCCUCCCCCAUUCCUGCAUUAAGAAGAUGAUGCAUGUAUGUAAGGUUGCAGGAGACUUCUGACAUAUUAUUUCUAGGGGGUCAGUAAGAUCAGACAAAUGCUAUCCUGAGGUUUAGGGUUUGGUUCAAUUUCAGUCCAUUUCACAGUUCAAUUAACCCUUUACACCCUAACAUCAGUAUGCAUAUUCUCCAUACUGUUCUCUAUACUCUUCUAAAGAGGCUGAAAAGGAGAAUUUGUUUCACAAUCAAGAGCUGCAUUUGUUGUUGAUCAUCUCCUCUAUUCUCAUGACUUUCAUGUUUGAUUCAGGGGUGAUAUUGUGAGGAGAAAUUAGAUGCUAGUCACUCCUAGGGGCUAAAGGGCAAGGAUUUUCAAAUCAACAAGCAGCCUCAGUCAUCUCUGACUGACAAACAGCAAAGCUGAUUAGACAUAAAAAGGCUGUCACCAUAAAAUACAAGAUAACAGUAUAGAAAAAGUAGACAAGUAAAUUGGGAAAAGAUGACCUGAACUUGCUAUGAGGAUUCAUGCUAGGCUAGAAAUUUAGGAUUUGCUGAAAAAAACUAAAAACAUGAAUGCACAGAGAGUCUAAGAGGCAUGCUGACACAAAACCAAAGCAGCAGAUAUGUAACAGGUUGAUGUUGAAGAAGCUUCAACAAACAUGUACAAAGAAAAGUCUUUAUAAAUGGCACCACUCUCAUUCUUUGAGUGAUUAUUCUAGGCGUGAUAUUAAAACCCGAGAAGCCACAUGUAAUAUUGGGGACAGGUGAGGAAACAACAUUCACUGCAGAGGUAUUACCUGCAAUAGGACCAAAGGGAAAUGUCAAGAUCAGGUUUCACAGGAAUGACAGGGUCCAUGCACCAUUAGGCAAUCUUAUGCUUGCCAUAUUUUGGAAACCAGGAAGGUGAGGUGGACCACUUUGUUUGGCUUUCUUGUUAAGAAUGCAGCAUUCUUCCCUUGGUGGUGGUGCAAAACACUGUGGGUUGAUGGACUCUGGAAUCGGAAUCAAGAUGUCUGGGCUGUAGCUAUGACCAGACAUUGUUACGUACUCUUGGGCAAUCAGUGCACUCUGGCACUGCUUCACCCCCCAUGGGAAACAUACAAAAAUUCUUGGGGAAGGAGGGGAGUAACCUUCAAUGACUUGGCAUGAUAUCUAUGAGGACAAGAAAUUUUCCUAGUCAGUCUACAGUGCCAUGGAAACCAGGGAUCAUUUGGUGUGAUUGUCAUCAUGAGAGUAUUUUGGACAGUUAUGUAGAAUUAAUUCUGCCAAAUUUUGUCUUUAAGGUUUAUUGUGAAAGCUGAGGCAGAAAAUGAAGUCAGCUCUGUUUGGUCUAAUGAACUUUUGGUCUUUGUGUAUGAAGAAAUAUCUGGGGUAAGAGUUUGAGAAGGAUAAAUUUAGAUAGUGGGAAGAAUCUUCGGUUUUGCCUGAAAUGAAGACACUGAGUGUACCUUUCAAUCAUGGUCUCCUUCAACAGCUUUCCAUCCAUCAUGACUCAACAGUGCUGUUAGGAAGGCCUUCCCGUUUGACCGCAAGUGUGAAGAAGGGGACUAAUGUUACCUUCUGUUGGGACUUUGAAGAUGGAUCAGUGAUAAAUACCACAUCAACAAGUAUUACUCACAACUACACAAGGUAAGAAUCUAACGAGGAAUUUUUGUAUAUGCUUCUAUGACCAAGAAUGAGCUUGAUAUGAAAUGCUUAAAUGGCAGGUUCAGAGAGAAACAACAAUCUGAAGUUUUCCCAAGGCAAUGGCUUGAACUGCUUUGAUUUUGCUUUGCUCUGUGAUUGUUUCAGAAAACUUGGGCCACUUUCUCAACUAAUUGAAUUCAACCCUUAAACCAAUUGUGACUUAGUGACUUAUGUGUUGUACCUCUGUGGUAGUUUGCUUGUUUUGUUUGUCUUUAUUGGCUCCUUGUGAUAUUUUUGUUUGUCUCAUUUGCCUUUGUGAUUACAUCUACUUUGGUUUAGGUUUCAUAACACUUCAUUGAAAACUUUGUCUUUGUCAUUUUUUCCUGUUGUGCAUAGGGAAGGGGAGCACAGAAUCAACCUUGUUGCUUCUAAUCCGCUUAAUAAUCCAGAGGAAACAUCAAUCAUAGUCUAUGUGACCAAAUUACCAGCUUGUUACCCACCAGCUGUCACUUUGCUUGGACUUAAUAGUGGAAAGGUGGGUUAUAACAUAGAGAUUUUAGACAAAACUUGCUAAUGAAGCAAGUGUGGGGGGUGGGGAAGGGGGAGUUCAUGUAUAGCCUGUGGCUAAUAUAGUGUGGUUUUGUAUUAAUGCAAAGUUGUAUUGGAAACAGGAGACAUAUAGUCACUGCCUGAUUAUGCCAUAGUAUUUCAACAUAACAUGUAGAAAUUUAUUUCCUGAAUGACAAUGCAAAAUUGGUUCUCUUAUUCCAUGUGGUUGAAAAAAAACCUAGCCAGGGAAACUUGGGCAAACUUGUAUCCAAAUUGACUCACUCAUUUGAUUUGCCCAUUUGACUUGCCCAACAUCACACAUGGGUUUAUCACAUCAUAAAAACCUGUGAAAAUGUGUUGUCUGACUUAAUUGUUUUAAUUGUUAUUAAUAUUUGAAACUCUGAUUACAGCCAAUGAUGUAUUUUACAGGUGUUUCGAUCAAAGGAGCUUCGUUUAGAGGCUGAUGUUGGUGUAAACUGCAGUAAGGCCGAUCAACUUACUUACAUGUGGAAGGUAUUUAUUGGAAGGUUUUCAAUACGUUAAUAACAUUCUGAUGAUGAUGGUGAUAUUGAUGAUGUUAACUGUGACAACAAUGAUUAUGGCAACUGUAACAAUAAUGAUAGUAAUAACGAAAUGAUGACAAUAAUGAUAGUGAUGACAAAAACAUUAACAUAGGAGUGGGAUUUUCAUCUCUUUAAAGUCAUAUCUUUUUUUCUAAUCUCUUUAAAUUCACCUCGUCAGGUAACUGCUGCAUCUGGUGCCCAAGAAGGAGGUACAGUUGAGCCAGAAGGAGUGAGUUUCACAAGGGGAGCACUUAUCCUUCCUCCUCAUCUGCUGGAUUAUGGAGAAUAUUAUUUCCAUCUUGAGGUAUGGAACUUGGAAUCUGUUUAUGGAUCUUUUCACUUUCACUCUUUUUAAGAUCAGUUUAAGAGAUUGGUGCAAUGUUAUCAGGGAAAUGUUGUCAACAAGUAGAUACAAUGUGUUGCUCUUUGUCUGUCGAGUAGUGGAUCAAAGAUUUUACUGAAAUGUGAAUGUGUUUUUUCAGCUAACAUUUAUAUAUGUCCCUUGUGUGCAUAGGUUAGGGGAAAGAAUACAGGAUUAGCCUCAUUGACCAAAGUGAGGGUGACAGUUGUGAAGAGUCAUCUGGUGGCUGUGAUAAAAGGGGGCACUUAUGCAGUUGUUGCCUGUACACACGAAAAAAUUGUAAUGGAUGCAUCACCCUCUUAUGAUCCUGAUUUUCCAGAUGAGAGUCACCUACUAAGGUAGGAAAACUGGCAUUAAGUGCAGGCUUUUCCUCUUAGUUUCCUUUUCACAUGUUUUCAGGAUGUGACACUGAGGUGACUUCCCAAAAAAAAUUAUGUAUUAUCUUUCAGAGUAUUUCCAAAGAAACAAUCAAUAACUAAUAAAUGACUUGCCAUGAGAACAGUGAAAUAUAUAUUGCCACAUGCAAAUGUAUUAACCCUUUUAAGGGUUAAUACAUUAAACUUCCAUGAGUGACCAAGAGAGAAUUUCUCCUUAUACUAAAUUCUCUGAACUAACAUUAUAAGCAUUUUAUUGUUGACAGUAAGGAGAAUUACAAAUUUGAUAUGGGAGUUAAAGGGUUAACCGCAAAAGUUGUAUUUAGAUGUCAUCAUUUGUUCAAGUCCUGCAGUGUUGUAUUUGCAGUGUUCUAUAGGCCAUAUUCCUUUAUCACAGUUUCCUUUCAGCCCUAACAGUGCAUUAAAUAGCAAGGUAAAAUCAUAUGCACAUUGUAUUUGGGUGGAAAGAGCUCUGAAGUAUCAUGAGAAAAGAUCCUAAUUAUUCUGUAACAGUCACCAUGCAUAUACAUUUGUUUCUUCAUGUUGUAACUUGCUGUGGUACAUACUCUCCUCCACACAGGUUUCACUGGAGUUGCCACCUGUUAAAAGACAAAGCCAAGUCAUGUUUCAAUGAUUCAAGGACACCUGUCUCAAUGAGCAGAAACCAGAGUGUUCUUAAGUUUCAAGUAGACUGGCUUUUGGAAGGCAACUCAUUUGACUCCUAUGAGUUUGUGGUCACAGUGGCAAAGGAUUCUAGAAAAGCCAAAGCCUCGAAGAUUCUUCUCAUGAACCCUGGACGUGGACAUCUGUGAGUUGCCAGUCAAGUUGUUACAAUUUUUUUUUGAUGCAUAACCUUAAAUGUCUAGUGUAAGUUGAUGUAUACUUCCAUUGUAGUUUAAGUGGGGUAGGGGUGGGGAUGAGAGUGCUCCCCUCCUCCCACAAUUUUGCAAGUUGAGAUAACUUAACCAACAGUGGAUAAUUUCAUAAUAUAUUUUACAUAAAAGUUAAAGUAAAGAUUAGAUCUGAGCUCUGUGUAUUAGAACAUGAGAGGUGCAAAGGUGCAUACGUUCUCUUUUUUGAUGUGAUUUUGCUUUUUGGAGCGUCAUGGUAGCUUUUGUUGAUUAAAGAUUAAAGAUUAAAGACAGAACUACAGAUGGAAGCAAUGUUGGGUGUAGGGGUGAGCAGGGAUGGUGCAACAGAGAUGUUUCCGUCUUCCCUAGGUGUGACCUGGGUUCCAUUCCCAAACCUGGCAUCACAUGUGGGUUCAGCUCUGUUGUUGUUUCUUGUCCUUACCCUGAAGUUUUUUUUCCUGUUCUCCAAUUUUCUUCCCUUCGCAUGAGCCAACACGAAGAAUGCGGUAGUAGACAAAAAGCGAAUCAAUGAGAAGCCCCACUGUUACAUUUCAAUUUACUUAUUGGGUUAUUAGGUUAUCUUAUUUAUUUGUUUAUUUUUUAUUUAUGUUAUUUCCUUAGGUUGUCUACUGAUUGCCUUCAGUGUGACAAGGGUAUUGUGAAUCCCACUGCACCUCUCGUCAUUAUGGGCCUAUGCUCGUCAUGCCCCUCAAACAAUACUAACAUAACUUACGAGUGGUAUAUUUAUCACGUUCAACUUGGUGGCUCUGACCCGCCCGAGAGGGAGGAAGAAUGUUUUAGUGAGUCAAUAACCAAUCCAAUGAUUAACUCUGUUUUUCAUGGUACAGUAACGCCGUUGACCUCAAAACCUACUUUUUACCCUCUAAGAGGGUCAAGACCAACCAGUAAGCCAUUAACCUUCAAGAAAACUGCUGCUACAAGAUCACCGCCAAAAAGAUUUGGUCGUGGUCGUAUCUGUAUAGAUCCUAAUUUCUAUGGACCUUUCCCUGCCACUGAAACAACCAGACGGCCCACUUUGGGUGUAGGAAUUGGCACUGGUAGCAGUGCUGGCCUAAGCACUGGAAAGGGACUUGGAACAGGAAGUGGUGUUACAACAACCUCAACUAACGAUGUCGGAGGUGAUAACGAUGAUAAAUAUGACGAUGAUGAAGUUGAUGAUUUAUAUAUUCCAACGUAUAUUCCACCAUCUGGAAAGCUUUCGGGAAGUUUUAUCAGUUUCAAGAAAAACUCGAUGAGACUUUUGGAAAAGCACACAACUACAGGCCUCAGGAGUAAAAAUUUUGUCGUUCUCGGUGGCUAUUUUCCACCAGGUCAUAUGUACAUGGUGACUCUCAAGGUGAAUGAUCGUGACACCGGUCAGAAAGGAUUAGCGUCUAUCUACUUCAACACUAGUAAGACUCCAGAGUGCGAAACAUGCGUUGUAACACCUUCCAUCGGAGAAGCUUUGGAGACCGCGUUCCAGCUGACGUGUUCUGAAAAAUCUUCCAAGGUGAGGAAAUUAAGUUCUUUUAUUUGCAUGAUAGUCUCCACUGGUGGGCAAAGCGAAAUAAAUCCUGUGCAGUGAUUGGUGGGCCGAGCUGGCCUCUUGAAAAGAUUUGUUUCAGGGUUUGGGUCACAGAUGGGCUCAGUGACUGAGAGCAAUUAACCCUUUGCACCCUAACAUUAGUAUCUACAUUCUCCUUAAUCUUCUCCAUAAAUUUCUUUGGGUACUGACAAGGAGAAUUCGUUUAACAAUCAAAGCUUUAGAGCUUUCUGGGUUGAUUUAAUCUCAUGAUCUUGAUGAUUGAUUCAGCGACUUUACUGUUGGGAGAAAUUAGAUGCUGAUUACUCCUAGGGGUUAGACCUUAAUCGAUGGCAGGUUCGUUUUACAGUGGAUGUAGGAAGACAAAAUCAAGAUCUAAGUGAGUGUUUGUCUAAUUAAGAGUCUCCACAUACAUGUAGCAUUGGGUGCACUUCAUACAGGUUUACUUAAGUCCAAUUUCUUUGAUUAGGCGUGGCCUACAAGUUACCGUAUUAGCUAUACUGUCGAUGGCCUUAGUAACGAGGAAGGGGAGAGAAUCCUGGUGUACUCCAGCUACAAAUCAGAGAUUCAGUUUGUUUUACCUCCUGGACUGGAAGCCUUUAAUCACACAGGUUAGUAGUUCAACUGGUAUUAAUCACGGAGUAGAUGUAGUUGAUGUUGUAAAUUGGCCACCCUGAAGAGUUUCUGAAGCUGACAUUUGUAUCGUUAGCCCCUUAUCCCAGUAAGUCCAACAGUUAAUAAUUUUGUUGGUUACCCAGCUAGAUUCCAGUCCAUAAGUCGGUUUGUUCAUUUGUGUGCUCGUUUGUGCGUUAGGUAUUUAGUUAUUCCUUUUUGUUCUUUAAAAAUUAGCAUAGAUAUUGCAACGAAGAAAUUGAAGUACUGACUGCCCUAAAUAACGUUACUUUCUCGUUGUAGUUAAAAUCCAUGUGACAAUAGCCAGCGAUGAGGUACAGCGGAAUUUUUUACCGACGCAAGUGAGGGUGUUGCCUCUGAACAUGUCAGAGAAUGUUUCUGUAGAAGAAGUUUUGUGAGUAUACGUUUUCUUGCUUUUCUCUUCAGACAAACCUUCAAGCAUGGUUAGGUUAAAAAAAUGGCAACCUCUCAUUAGCUUAGGAGGGAUUUAAGGAUUUUCACAAUUUUAAUGAUUUUAAGUCCUUACUGGUGACUUUUUUAAAAUACGUGUUGUUUUAGUUUUUCUGUCAAAAGUUAUCACACAAAAGAAACUAUUUUGGACAAUUUGAAUAAGGAGAUUCCAAAUUAUUCUCACUUGCACCAAGGUGUUCAUUUUUAAGAGAUUUUUUAAUCGGAAGGUGGAACCCAUAAAUAUAAGUCUUUGGCCUGAUUUUACAGGUUGAAUAAGACAGAUGGGAGGCUCUUGUCUCUGUUAGGUGACACAGGAGAUGAUCAAGGCAUCCGACAAUUCAUAACAGCUUUGGCUAAUUCCCUGAACAGGUAAAUCGCGAGGUAUAUAAUCCAUUGUAGCGUGUGGUCGGCCGUGGGACGAUGAUCCCUCAAAGUUGGUCACAGUGCUUGCAUCACUCGGAUUCCUUAGCGUCCUUGUGGUAUUUACUUCCGGUUCUAGUGAGUUUGUAGAUCUGUGAUAUCACGUGUUUCAGGCAGAGACGCAACGAGAGAGCUGCAAUCGUUGUUUUGUUUUGUUUAUUUUUGAUCGUUCUUUUUUGCGUAUGGUUUUUUUUUCUGUGACACUGGCACAAGGACAAGAGAAUAUUAGCCGUUGAUAUUCUCUUGACAAGGAUAAUUUUUCAAACAAUAAAGGGCUUCUUUAGUUCGUGAUAAUUUUCUAUAUUCUUGUGACCUUAGUAUUUGAUUCUGUAUUGAUACUGUUGGGAGAAAUUACAUGCGUAUUACUUCUAAGGGAAAAAGGGUGAACAGCAUUGACUUCCAUGGGUUAAUUUUUAGAAUUGUGCAAGAUGUGAAAUGAGAAUAACUCAAGUAUAUGUACCUUAACUUUUCCAGGCUUGGAUCUGUCAAAAAUGUGAGCUCUAGAUAUAAAAUGAGGACGGAUAUCAGAGAAAAGCUAUUGCAACGCCUCUUGAAUAUCACUGGGAGUGACAAGGUAAGCAAAGAACAAUGAAGAGGAAGAAAUAUGUUUGGAAUCCUUAAAAGAGAAAUACCUUGAACUGCGACUCAAUACAGGUAUAAAUGAAGGACAUUUCGUAGUGACUUCAUCUUCAUGUUAUUGUUUGAGUGUGGAAUCACUGUAUACUUACAGUAUGUGUUUUAACAAGGGUGCACCAUCAUUUUACCGUACGCCUAAGUGUUUGCUUUUCCCUACUAUUUGGUGAUUAGCAUCUCAACCAAGUAAACCUUCCAGGUUUCCUUGUAGGAAGCAGUUCCCUUUCUCAGUCACAGGCACCAAAGAAUGUUGAGUGAGGCUGCUUCACACAGCUUGCCGCCUAAAAAUAUUGCACGCACGAGAAUAGACGUAAAAUGGUUUUUCGCCGCUUGAACACGUGAUUGGCGUAAAGAAUAGAAAUUGCGAUUUAUCCCCAAAAAGUUUCAAACACGUAAAGGUUAUUAUUUCAAUCCGCUCUCUCUCUCACGAUCCUCAUCAUUUUGGCUGUUGUUGUUGUUGUUGUUGUUUUUUUUUUUAGAAUUCAGCCUUUCAGACAAGUCUAGCUCUACAGAUGCUGACAGCAAGACCAGAAGAGGUAAUCAUCAGUGUGCUAACAUGGGUAGCGUUCCCUUGCAAGUUUAGUAUUAAUUUAAUAAAGAUGAAAUGAAUAUUACAGGGGUGACACGUACCUAAUUCAUACCCCGCACAACAUGUUUAGUUGAAGCGUGGUUAACUUUAAAAAAAAUUAGAAACAGAACUGAUAUAUUGAAUUUCCUAUAGGUUUGAAGUAGUCACGAACUUGUAUUUUCAAUGUGCUCAGUUCGAAGACGAAUAUCUUCGGUGUAAGCAACUUUUAUUUAUAUUAAAAAACAAAAAACAAAAAACAAAACUAAUUGAAACAGUUUUUAACAAAACAGCUUCAGAAUAUGUUUAAGCUUUUGUGAGAAUGGUUGAUUUCGAGAAAUGAUGUACGCAAAAAGGAAAGACUCUCUGACAUUCAAAGUUCUGAUAUCCUUUGUUCAAAACAAUGAAUUUUCAAUCUUCCUUUGUUAUUGAGCGAAAGAACAUAGCUAUACCUCUUUAGACCUCCUGGAACUCCCAACAUCACACUUGUGAAACCCCUACAUUAGCCUCUCUUUCAAAAAAAAAAAAAACCCAGAAACUGCAUUCAGUUGAGGAGUUCUUUUUUUACGCCCACUCAUGCACAGCUCACGGAGACCAGUGUGAAAUUGGUCUCGUCACUGCUGCAGCAUCUGAGUGAUAUGAUGCAGUCGGCUCACCAAAAGAUGCGUGGUAGAAGGAUCGAAGGCAGAUUUGUCCUCAGCGAAGAACUUAUCAAGGCGAUAACAAGAGUAACAUCGGACCUGAUUGAAGCAUCUUCACUACUAAUUCUCAGGUAUGCUGGAGCUAGUGAAAAUUAAAAGUAAAAGCAAAGUGCCCGAAGCGCGGGAAAACGCGGGUGACCAAGUGGCGGUUGGUUUUAGUUUUGUAUCUGAUUGGUUGAGAAAGUGGCGCGAGCUUUCUGGACCAAUCAUAGAACAAAGUGAAGCAACAAUAAUGCAAUACUGCUUGACCUUCGACACAUUUUUUUUUCCUUUUUGCUCUCAGACACUUUAUUUACUCUUUUACCUAGAACUAAAAGACCGCAUAUCAAAAAAGAGAUUAGAGAUGAUUUCCUACUAAAGGCAACUGAAGCGGCAGAGAAACUUGUCAAGGUACGUUAUUGGCUCUUGUACUCGUUCGGUGUGCUCACAUUCCAAGUGGCAUACCGCUAUACCGAGAUGUUUUCAUUCGACGGAGUCUUAUCGGAAACAUCUUAUUUUGUUCGAUUUCUCAUGGGUACUCAGAUUUGUUCUCCGCACCACCUUUAUGACACGACAAAUAAUGUCAUUCGUGGUGGAAACGUCGUAGUGAUCACAAAAUUAAAGUAUACUGAUCUAAUAAUGUUAUCAUUUCCUAGGCUAGGUUGUCUGUGCAAGUUCUUGGGGAGAAGCCUCUUUUACUAAACUCGCCCAAAAUCCGCGUCAAUGCAAGUCAGAUAGCUUCCAUUGAUAAUACAAUCUUCUCUCACGCUACUGUCAAAUUCCACGUGCCUGUGAAUCUCGAAAAACAUCUCGGAGGUGCAUCGGCUGCUGCCAGAGGGAGCUGUUAUGGGGCUGUGAUGACUGUCUACAAAGAAAAUCCCUUUUAUAGUGAAAUGGUAAGAUCAUUCAAGUAUGGUUUCAAAGUGAGAGACGCUCUCGUAUGAUGGCAAGUGUGAUGGAUUGCAUGGGCACCAGCCAUGCCCAGACCUAACUGUUUUUAUGAGGGGGAGGGGGGGUGAGGAGGUAAGGGGGGAAGGGAUGAGAGAAAGGGAUGGGGGGCAAGGUACUGAAUUCUCACAGUGACUCGCUUUAUCAAGGAAUAUGAAUGAACUUGGUGAAUGAACUUGGGCUGAUUGAAAUGGAAACCAGAUGAAAUACUGGGAUUUAGCCAGCACUGGAGAAGCAUCUCCACUGAACAUAAGAAAUGCUAUUCGCCUCUUGCUACUGAAACCGGAGAAAGCAGGAUGGAGUAGGCCAGUUUUUUCAGUAGACAUCAAUGUUCCUAUUUAUAUUCUAAACUAUCGUUCGUGAAAGAAAUUUUCAAUUAAAUUUCGAAAGAAAUUUUGCUUUUAUACGCUAUGUGUUUGCUCUAGGAAAUACGCGCCGUUUUUCCCGCCACUUACUUUGAGUUGUCAUUGGCCAUUAUGUUGUUCACUUUUUUUUGAUUGACUAUUGUCAUCACCUUGCUACUACCAUCACGUCAUUCAGUCGAAAGGUGCUUAACAUGAGAUAUAUUCAUUUCGUUUUAGCAUCACUCACAAGUUGGUAGCCUCAGCCUUACUGACUGCAAUGGAGAGGAUAUCGAAGUGAGAAACCUUAGUCGUGGCAUUGACAUCUUUAUGCCUCAUGAACUUAACAAGGUAAAGUGGUCGAUUCACUUUCAUUUUUUUGUGUUUCGUUUUUGUUUUAAAACCUUUCUCUCUUAAAUUUAUUGAAAAGUUUCGUCCUAAAGAAGCGGAAUUCAGUCGGGUAGACUCCCAAUUUUGGGAAGUUUUUGCGUUGUCUGGCAGGGCCCUUAUCCCAUCUUCUUUAAAUUUGCAUUUCCCGCGACCUAAAAUCAUAAAAUGGUCGCCAUAAAAAAAUAUGUAUGUAAACAUUAUACCAUAAAAAUGAAGUAAUAAAAGUUACGGCUUGCAACAUGACUGCCAACGCAGUUCGCUAGAUUCGCGACUUUCGCUGCAAAUUUAGUCGCCGAAUUUUUUCUCUCUCGUCACGAUGGGUGGAGAAAUGGCUAAUCGUCUGUUUGCUCGCUGAUGUUUAAACAUCAAGACCAGAUUUUUGCAAAUGCUUGAACAAUGGUGAGACUUCUUUAAACUUAAGUUUAAGUAUGAUCGACUGACGAACUGACUAUCUCUUUGCUUGUUUAUUGUCAGACCACGCAACGCAUGGAAAAAUUUACUCUGCGAUGGAAGCAUGAAAAUAUUCAUGUCAUAAACGAAACCAAAAAGAUGUCUAACCAGGUGUUACAUGUUCAUCUUGAACCACUUUCCAAGCUGCCAGCUGGAUUUGCAGUCAAACUGAUUGUCAGGUAUUGAUUAAUUGAAGCUAGGAGGGAGGAGGGGUGUGGUAGUAGAAAAGGGAAUACGAAUGGAUACCGCCAUAAAUGGCGCGCUAAGAUCGGUUAUUUGUCGCGUGAAGCCUGGGACUAAAACUAAUCAUUAUCUCACUAUCUCUCUCUCAAGCCCUCUCCCUAAGAUCGAAGUUCUGGAUAAGGUAUUGGUCAGCUAGAAACUUUGAUGGGAAGAAAUAAGUAGUUGUUUUUUGACAUCAUGGGCAAAGCACUAACGAAUAACUAACAACUUGGCAAAUAUCGAGCUAUAACACGUAUUCAUAGAUCUUUAUGGCAAAGUGACCUUUUGUUGAUUGCCUUACCUUUGCAGCACAGCUGAACCUGGUUCAUCUGUACGAGAUCAAAACGAACUCACCGCUUCAAUUUCAGGGGAAGGCGGCGUGCACAUGAACAUACGUCAUGACCAGUUUAAAAACGGUAACUGGCCUCCAGUUUCACUAACUAUGGAAUUCCGUAUUAAAAUGAAAAGAUAAGUGCAAGAAUGCUGAUAACAACAACGUUGUUGGCCAAUCAAGCAGAGUGAAAGAAAAACCACGCAAUCCUGGGUUACUUUUUACACUUAAUAUAGAAUUGCUUUUAAUUGCUUUUGGUGACUUUUUUGGGAAUUUUUUCGUCCUAAAACGCAGUAAACAUUAAUUGAUUGUGAAAAAGUUAAGUGGAAAAUGGUGCAGUUUUUGUUAUUGUUUUUGUAGUUGUUUCUCUUAUUGUUGUUGUUGUUGUGGUUGCUGUUGUUGUUAUUGAAUCAUUCCUCUUUACUUCAGGUUCAGAAUCUGUGUAUGUGAGGGUUGUCAUGGAAGACAGAGCAUACUAUCGGAUUAGAUCGGUAAGUGUUAUCGGAGUCUUGUGCACCAAAUGGAUAAGUACUGCAGGACAACGUAUUAUUGUUUACAUCUGCCUCUUCUCGCAUCCGCCUAAAACUAAUUCCUUGUUAUUAGAAAGAUAAGUAUUUCACAUUGGAGAACUUUAUAUUUCAGAUUUUUAAUAUGUAGUUAAGUUAAGCAAUUCUGUUUGAUAGCAGUUCUGCAACAAAGAUAGAUAAUUAAUACGAUAGCGAUCUUCGCAGUAAUGAACACUACCCAAGCAGUUGUGAAAAUAAGGCUUGAAAAAAAAAUUCAGGCCUGUAUGGGAUUUGAACCCAUGACCUUUGCGAUACCGGUGUAGUGCUCUACCAACCGAGCGAACAAGCCAAGUGGGAGCUGGUCGUUAUGUUCGUUCGUAAUAAACCGUGAAGUAAUGAAUCAAUGACUUUGAAUAUAUAAAAAUCACUUCUAAUAUUUUUUAUAUUCAGAGUCAAAGAUAGAAAAAUUGAUAAUAGAUAGAUAUCAGUAUUGCUCUUGAAGGAAGAUGACGCCGUCCUGUGGAUAAAAAAGUUACUCAUGACAUGCUUAUUAUGAUUUAUUUUGAUAACACUUCUUCACGGGGUAAGAGGCAUUGUUUAUGUUGUCGAACCAUCUUGGCAAAAAUCAGGACUCAGUUUGUGUUGACUUGAUUAAAGUAAUUUUUUCCGGACAGGCUUACUGAGGAAGUAAAACGAAGAAAGGGAGGUUAGUUUCUAUAGAAACUGUGGUGCCGAGUUGGUGGGAGAGUGGCCAAAGAGUUUCAAAGUUUGAGCGUAAGUCCUUCGUCAGAGCGAAUGACGAAGGGCUAACGCUCUGACGAAGGGCUAACGCUCAAAACGUCAGCUUUAAAACUCUUAACGGUGGCCAAUUUACGUUAUCAACUAAGUUGAUAAUGCCAAAUUACUCUGUUUUACAGAGGUGGCAACUCUCUUUAAAUGUAAAACAAAUAAAUGUCUUUUUUGUGGACGCAGAUAAAUAAGGGCCACAGUUUCACUUACCUAUUGAGUGUUCACUGGAUGGGUUGUUUCUACUGGAACAAGAUGGUGAAAGAGUGGUCCACUGAAGGCUGCAGAAUGAUAGAUCUUAACACACCGCAAAUGUUUCACUGCAGGUUAGCUUUCUUGUGUCUUAACCCAUUGUACUCUUAUGUAGGUAUACAUAUUCUCCAUAGAGCGUAGUAAAGUUAAGGCCUCGAAAUUCCGAAUUACUUUAGACACUCAAGGUUGGUCUACCCAACAGGAAUACACUGAAGCUACUAUUAUGUUGAUUUUCAUUCUGUUUCUAUGCUUUGCUGUCGUGCACAGAUGUAACCAUCUUACUGCGUUCAGUGGAGCAUUUCUGUACCCACCAAACUCACUGACAAUAAAAGAUCUGACAGAUCCAGUCAGGUGAGUUUAAUCUUUCUCAAUGAUCUCUCUGCAGCCGUUGUUUGGUCACAUCACGAAUCACACUUUCUUUCCCACUUGGGUUGUGUGUUACGUGAUGAGAGCAUACAACGGUUGAAAAGAAGACGAAUUCCAUCUUCGUGUUCGUGCCCUGCGUCGUAGACGUGGUGGCAUAAUUUUUAGCGUGCUGGACUCCGGCUCGCAAGGUCCGGGGAUUUAAGACCUGGCCGGGUUAUUUUGUUGCGUUCUUGGGAAAGACGCUUCUCUCUCACAGUACCUCUCUGUACCUACAGUUAUAGGAGUUGAACGGAUUGCGGCAAAGUGUUAGGAAAGUCUGACAUGAUGCUUGGGGUAAUCCUAUGAUGGACUUGGAGAUUGAGUCGAUAAAAGUGCACGUACAAUGCGCACAAAAUGAAUUCCCCUCUGACUGUGUUCGAUAUUAGCUUGAAUCUAGAGGAGUGAGUGUUACCUACAGCUGAUGUCGCAUUUAUGUGUUGACAAAGUGAUCCUACCAUGGGUUCUUUCCUCUGUAUUAUUAUGUAUUUAUUCAUUUUAUUGUUGUUGUACAGGUUGAAGCGGUCUCCAUUGGCGCUAGUUCUCGUCGUCGUCAUCUUAUUGCUGUACUUAUUUCUUAUUGGUUUUUGCAUACGAGCGGACAAACACGACAACAAGAAGGCACAGGCUGUGUAUAUCACGGAAAAUACCAGUGGGAAUAAUCCUAAAGCGCCAGCCAUCACUGAAAGGUGAUUUACUUUAUUUAAAUCGUCUGCAUGACUACCUUUGUUUCCAAAAAAACGGAAAAAACACGAUUAAAGUAACAAUAAACCAAAAGGAACAAGGAUGUUUAAGGAUGGAGAAGAUUAGAGCGUAUUGGAAAUCACAAUCGUCAAAGGCUUAACCACCGCAACCUCGGCGGGCUCUUUCGGCCAGCGGUCACAGGCUCACGCAAUUGCAGGCUCAUGUGGACCAUUGAAACUCCAUUUACAGCUUGCAUUUUUGAGUUCCCGAGUUUAACUAUUAACAUUAUCUUUUCAGGUUUCAGAUAACUCUGCAGACAGGUCAUUGGUUUGGGUCUGGAACAUCCGCUAAUGUAAGUCAUAACAAUGUGUGAAGGGUUUUGGACGAUCGCGAAACUCCUCGGAGCGAUCUUAGUUCUGGACGAUUGCUCAUCGGACUGUUUACUGCCAACAAGAACAAAGAAGCAAGAGAAUGGGAACUCAGAGAAAACCCUUAACCGGCACGAAGCGCGAGAAAUACAAAUUUUAUCUGCUUGAUAUCUGAUUGGAGGGGACAUAAGAUUUUGUAACCAAUCACGCAGCGCAAUUAAUCGUAAGGUAGCCAAUCAAGAGUGUCUCCAGCGCUUGAAAUUUCCUUUUGGUGAUCUACAGUUAAAGCCAUAUUAGUGUCUGUUUUAUUCUGUUAGCUUUUAUGCGAUGAAGGAGAUUUUCUUUUCACUUUUCUAUUGUCAUUGUAUUUUGAGAAAUAUUAUAAGUCACUGAUUGAAGCUCUAAAACUAGAAGGUAAUUGAGCAUCAUUUGCUCUGGCAGGAGAAUCAUACCUUCCUUUCUUUUCCUCCAGCAACUCAAGGCUUGUUAUGCUUUUAGAGCAGUAUAACCUUAUUGCCUUCGAAAGGCUCGGACAGAUGAAUUUUUUGUUUCUUUCCACACUCACCUAAUUUGAUCAUCUCCCUUUUGUCUUUUCUUUCCAUAUAGGUUUUCCUUAUACUUUAUGGCGAUAACUGCAUAUCAGAUCCGAUUGAGUUGAAGUCCGAUAGAGACCAUCCUCUGUUUGAAAGAAGUUCCUGCGAUGUUUUUGUCGUGAGGUAAACCUUUACACCCUAACAUCAGUAUGCAUAUUCUCCAUACUGUUCUCUAUACAUUUCUUAAGGUGCUGGCAAGGAGAAUUUGUUUGACAAUCAAGAGCAUUUGUAGUUCGUGAUCAUUUUCUUUACUAUCAUGACCUUAAUGUGUGUUUCAGGGGUGAUGUUCAAAUUGAUAGUCACUCUAAGGGAUUAAAGGGUUGAUGUCAACAGAACAGUUCACGCUGUUUUAGUACUUAUACCCUAGCACUAUACGCAAGGUCGAAUACAUGACUUGAACUUUCGGAGACAGUCUAUAAGGUUUCGAGAUUGUCCAUGGCUCUUGUUAGGGUUCGUGUGGGUAAUGGAAAACUUGAACAGUCUUUGAAAUUCACAAUGUUAUCUAGUCAGCGCUGGAGAGCUCACCGAGCAAAGCAACGCAAGAAAUGGUCGUUUUCCCAUUAUUUUAAAGGCAUUUUCUUAAUCGUUGGUCAUGUUAAACACGGUAAAGUCGUGGUAGUAGGAAGUAAUGGUAUGAUUUAAGUUGGAGAGCGUUCGAAACCUGUCCUAUGACUUUUACAAAGCUCAAAACAUUUUUCCACCAUUUUAGUUUUCCCGGAAGGAAAUUUAGGGACAUUUGUAAAAUUCACAUUUGGCACGACAACUCGGGAGAUGAUCCGAGCUGGUUCUUAGAACAAGUUAUUAUCAAGGAUGUCAACCGAGGAGAUACAAGGUACAUCUAACUUAUUUACAGAGAGCGAUCUGAUGUUUCCUUUGUAAGACUAUUGAAGAUAGGGGCUGGGUUCCUCUCAGGCACGUUUUUUAUUACUAGAAGUGCUUUACAGGUUUGGCUGGUCAUUAGCUUUUGCGAUCUCUCUUAAUAAGUGACUUGCUCUUAGCCGAGUCGGGAGGUUAUACCACUUGGCUCCCGACCAGUAUCUGGAUGGUUUACAUUCGCAUCCCGUCCAAGCCUGAAUUUUCAGGCUUCUUUCUGAAUUUUUUUUACUUGCAGCUAUAAUAUAUUUGCGAGUAUAAUAUCCAUACUUCCAUACAUCCACAGGCCAACAUAUAACUUAUUUCAAUUACUUGUGAUUGGUUUACUCUCCAAAACAAAAUAAAACAGUCGUCAAAUGCGCACGAUUUCAUGUUACACAGCUACAUCAUGGCUGAAUAUGUGUUGAUGGUCAUUGUAGCCUCCCCAUACUCGUAAAAUAUUAAUAAAAGAUUUCGCUAAUAAACCUACCUAUUGCACUUGUUCCUUGGCCAAAAGGGUUUUCAACUGUAACAGAUGGCUCGCUGUUGACGAGGCUGAUGGAAAGGUAUGUGUGUUACUUUGUCAUAAUUUCAUAUGCAUCAACACUUGCGAGGCAAAAAGUAUUAUAAUUUGGUACCAUUCACCAUUUAUCGUCUGUGGGGGAGGAGCGGGGGGGAUCACAUCGUUCUCAGGGGAAACAGAGGGGGGAUCAGUCGUAGCCAUCAUAGAGUUUCAACGGGGGGACCAUAGAAAAUUGGCUACCAAUUAAUCCUUUAACUCCCAAGAUCUGAUUGUUAAUUCUCCCCUCUAGCUGCUACACAUUUCGUUGUAAAUCAGUUGUGAGAAUUUAGUGUUAGAUCAAGAUAACAACUUCUACCUGAUAAGUUGGAGUUUUCUCAAUACCUGUUUGCAGGGUAAUAUAUGGAUAUUAUAGGGAGAAGUUCCAUGUUCAUCACUUCUGGGAGUUAAAGGGUUAACUGCCAAUGAAGGGAGAAUCAUAAGAAUACUACAGAACCUUACAGAGGGGGGGGGGGGGGCUAGGUGAAUUUAAUCGUGACACAACUGAAAUCCUCUGACCCUGGGCGAUAAAGAAUUUUCGGUCUUUUAGUUCAGUGCAGCGACCUUCUGGUAAAGAAAAAUAUAUUUAGUUUGUUACUGCACCGUGUUAAUAGCGAUAAUUUCUGCUUCUAAAUAUGAACAAAACAUGGAUAUGCUAGCAAAUAGAUUUGUCGCACUGACUUCAAUAAUUUUUUUUUCAAAGGUUGAGUGUGAGUUUAAGGAAACAACGAACCACUUAAACAGUUUUAAAAAGGUAAGUUUCUUUUAAAUGAGCUUAUUAGUACAGCAACAUAAGAAAAAGGAAUGGAGAAUCAAAAUUGAUAUAAAUUAAAGCCGCAAUCGCUUGCAAUUUUCUCUCAAUUUGUACACCUGGGGUAUGUUUAAUUUGACCCCGCUGGAAGACCUUGUUUCUCGACAGGUAGAGAAAUAAGGCGGAUUUCGCAUUUUAUCACCUUCAUUAAGACCCCUUUUCGCAAAUAGUUCAACACAUAAUUUUAUUAUUUUUCUCUUCCCAGUGCUUCUUUGAACUCAGCGCGAAGAGCAUCUCGGACUAUCAUCUCUGGUUUUCUUUGUUUGGGCGGCCAUCUUAUAGCAGGUUUUCACGCGCGCAGGUAAAAUGAGACAAAAAAAAACUAAUGUUUAUGUCCCAGAUCUUAAAGUUAGAACCUUUUAGUACACUGUAACAAGCAGAACCACUUGAAAUUACCUUCUCAGUACCAGGGAAAAGAUCACUCGCUGUGAUUACAGACAGACUUCUAGGUCAGAAUCCCUCAGUGAUGUGAAGUAAACAGCACCAUGUGACCGCCCUGCUCGUUACGUUACUUCAAUGGGGUGGCAUCCCGGACAGCCAGUUAGAACUCAAAGUAACAACAAGGAAAUUCUCUGAGGCGCGAAAAAACAGGAGUAAUCAAGUCGUGAUUGGCUUUAGUUUUCCGUCUGAAUGAUUGAGUUUUUGGUGAGAAUUUUUUAGAUCAAUGACAGGAAUGAGGAAAGCAAAGCCGGUGCAAUCCCGGUUUACCUUCGAUUGAAAAAUUUUCGAUUCAAAAAUCCAGGAUUGCUUUGGUUUUGCUGUACUUUGCUCUACUUUGAUUGGUCUUAAAAAACACGUAGAGUUGCCCAACCAAUCAGAUUCACAACUAAAACCUUUCGCGACUUGGUCAGCGGCCUUUCCUGCGCUUCUUUUAGUUGGUUUGUUUUUAAUUUGAGUCCUCAUUGGCUUUUUGUGAUGUUUGCAUUUAUGUGAUUGACAAUGGUUAUGAAUCUGGUUUAGGUUUUACGACACUCAGUCAAAAGGCGCUCUGCAGAAUGGAAAAAUACUCUAAUAGUUUUUUCCUUUUCUUUAUAGCGGCUUACUUCUUGUAUGUCUUUGCUCCUGAGUUUUCUUUGUGCGAACAUUGCGUGGUACAGGCCUGAAAAACAGGUAUGAACUUGUACUUGCUCACCUUGUUGUAUCCAACAUCGUGCAGAAUGCCUGGACACUAUUAGUUAUUCAUGAGCACUGAAGCGGGAAGAUUUGAAUGCGAUCGCGCCUUGAAAGACUAGAAUAAGAGAAGAAAGGGCCGAAACUAGCGCAGCAGCGUUGAUAUAACACGCUUUCCCGCGAGGAACCCAAGAACGGGUUCCUGAAGAGGAAAGGCGUAUUUUUAAUUUAAGCUUAAGAAGAGCAAGUUUGAGUAAGUAUUCCUUAGUCUUUGAUGUGAUAUUGAGUGCUUUUUGUGCAGAAGAUGUAGCAACGUUGUGUUAGGCACUUGGACCCCAAGUGUAAGAGUUGUAGCCCGUGGUUCUUAUAUGCUUGAGAAAAGCAUGGAAAUUUGUUUUUCAUUUAAAAGACCCCCCAAAAAAAAAAAAAUUAAUUAAUCAAUUAAUUAAUUAAAUAAAAUUGAAUAAAAUAAGGUGAACUGUGGAAAGUAAAAAAAAGUCUGGAAAAGUUGGAAGAAGUCAGUUGUUCUUUCCCAUGCCACAAGGUAGCCGAAUUACACGCAAAUUACCACAGCCAAAACGUUUUUUGGGCGCCAUCGGUGAAUUUUCAGUUGUGGAGCAAACAUAUGAUAACCGCUCAUCAGUUCAAGCCAAAUAAUAACAAUAAAACAAAUUAAUGCGCAGAAGAAGUCCGGAUUUUUACACGCAAAAAAGUGCACAAACCCGAGCCUUGUUCGUCUUGAGUUUAUUGGAAGUUAGGAUCUUCUUACAAACUAAACGAGUUUGAUUUCAUCAGGUUAUGGAAGUAUUAGGACUUUUAGACAUAACCGGAGAGAGCCUUUGGAUUGGUGUCCUGUGCAGCUUAGUAGCAUUACCGCUCAACCUCCUGUGGAUCUUCCUUUUUAGAUACAGUCGAGUGAGUCAUAUUUAUUAUUUAACUAGCUACAAGUUUAUAUGAUUUAAAACCAGCGAUAUUUUUUUUUUCGGUUUGCAACACUUAUUGAAAUGAGCUUAAAAUUGAAAUCAAAAGCUUCCUGUAAUGUUAUGAUACCGAAGAGGUGUUUAUGAGCUAAUAGGGUGACACAAUUUCUGAGCUGUGAAAAUUCCACGCGCAGUUGCAAGUAACUCCCUAAAAAAUCAAUGUAUUAUCCACCAAGCAGGCGAUGAAAAAAGUUCACAGGUUGAUGAUUAAACCAGACCCCUCUCAUUAACUCGCAGUGAAAUAUAGAGACUUGAUAAGAGAUAAUUUUGAAGAGAUCUUCGGGAUAAAACCCACACUGACUAAGAGAAUCCUUUACGACACAAUGAACCAUCAGCGAGGUAGCUUCUUAUAAGACUUUGGGUAGUAUCAGAGUUUAGGCCUUCAUGAUCAUCAUGUUGCGUGAAAACCUCGCGAAAGAUGUUCAUGCUGACUUUCUUUCCGGGAUUUGAAGCCAGGUUGCUUAGAGCUGUGUUAUAUUUUACAACGUGGUUGUCUUCUUCAAGGCAUAAAGGGCAGAAAGGUAACCUUCCUUUUUUUUGCAGCGAAAAUUUCGCCGCCAUGUGAAGGUUUAUCCGAUGUCCGAGCAUCAAACGGACUCCACAGAGCUUAUAACUUCAGGUAAGGAAAAAACUAUCAGUCAAUUACUUGACAUAUCAAUAAGGUUUAUUUAGGCUUUAUAGAUGACAGGUUGAGCGUCACAACGAAAAUUUUGACGAAUCACGACGGACAAUUAGAAGGGAAUGUAUAAGGAGCCAAUCAGAAUUGAUUCUGAAAGCAUAACAGUGCGAGUAAUCAAGACACAAUUGGUUGCUUCUGAUUGGUUUAGAGGAUGGGGCGAGUUUUCUAGACCAAUCAUCGAGCAGGGUAUAGCAUAGCUAACGAAACCUCAUUUGAUAAUGAACUAAUCCAACUCAGUAAGAGUAUAAAUAUAUAUAUAUAUUAAACCCCUGAAGAGUGAAGUGAUUCACGAAACAGGCUUGUCGGGAAAUGUAGUUGCGUCCUUUUUUCCUCUCAUAGUAUAUAUAUAUAUAUAUAUAUAUAUAUAUAUAUAUAUAUAUAUAUAUAUAACUAACUGCAGACAGUACUGUUUCGGUCUUCUGGGCCUCAUCAGUGCAGUGCUGAUGCUAGGAUGGAGGUAAGGCCAUAUAGCCACCCCAAGUGAUCUCACACAUGUGGGAUCAUCUAAGCCAUACCAGAGUGCUCAAACUAGAAAAACUAGAGAGCAUAUAUAUAUAUAUAUAUAUAUAUAUAUAUCUGUGAUUGUAUAAGCAUUCUUUGUAAAUAUCAUUCCAAAUAGCAGCACGGGGCGCUUUAAUGAUUUGUGAAGAUAAAUUCCUGAUGGCUCUUUUAAAUACUUGAGAUAUCAGUCAACAGUAUAUCCUGAGAAUAUGUGAUAUAUUUCUGCACAAUAUCCAACUCGUCAAAUAUCCUUUGACAACUUCUAAACUGCUUUAAGGAAAAAGAGUAAUCCUCGAAGCCAGUGAUCUUUUCACUCUCAUAAUCGUAGCCUCAGUUUGGUGUUUCAUCAGGGCCAUAUCUCUUUGUUGGCACUUAUCUUCGUUCUCAUUACCUGUGCAUGACAUUGUAUUAAGUAAUGUGAAGAGAAUUUUUAUCUUGGUCACUCCUUGGAGUUAAAGGAUUAACUUAUCGUCACCAAUAAUGUACAUGAAAAAAUUGCGGGCACAACUUACGCGCACAAUUUGCCCUUCGCGAUUGUGCAAUUUUGUUGUCUUUGAAAAAUUUAGUCGUGCUUAUUAACACCAAAUUGCACUCAAAAUCAUGUUAUUACCCAAACAAAAAGCAUCAUUUGUGAGGAAAUGGUUCCAGAUCCGAUUUAUCUUAACAGUUCUUGACCAUUCGCUGGAAACUGUUGGCAUGUUGACCAAUAUAAGUGAGAGAAAAAAGUGGUUUCGGACCGUUUUUGAAUGGGUAAGUUUGCAAUGUCCUUUCUCUUUUAACCAAGAGCUCAACUACUGCUUAGAGUAUUUGUGUUCCUUCUGCUUCACUUGUUUGACGCAGACAUCUUAUUAGACAGCACUGUUCACAAGGAUUGUUAACAGAGACCAUAAGACUGUAAGACGUAUAAAAGUUCAAGAUUUUCCAGUAGGGAAACAGCUGGUGCAAAAAAAUUAUUGUUGUUUUUGCGGGCAAAACACAAUGGCCGUCUACUUCAUGGGGCGAAUUUCCGCUAACGUAGUCUGGUAACAAUACCGAGAUAUCGGCAUGUUAGCAGUUUUAUGUUUUUUCAGUCAGGGCAGGACCCAGUCACAUCUGAUAACAAUAACUAUAUGAACUUUGUCGCUAGUGAAGAGUGCAGUGGAGGUUAACGCCGUUCUAUAUUUUCUAAGCUUUUCCCUGAAAACCUGAAUUUGAAUCGUUGACUCAUUGUCGAACUCCAGCUAGAAGCUAAAGAUCUUAAAUGAACACGGAACAGACCCAAGGCCUUUCAGGAGCAGCUUUCCCCUCCCCUCUCCUCCCCUUGCUUUUCAUUGGGCGGUCUUGCGUUUCACAGUACUGUGUAGGGCACCCUCAUAUUUAUGUUGCUUUGUGAUUUCUUUUAAAGGAUGACGUCGACUCCGAUUCAUCGUCUUGCAUGUGCGGCUCUCAACUGAGCCUCGACCGAGAUUCAGGUAGAGAAACAUGGAAAUUACUAUUUUUUUUGUCAUUGGUGAUAUGUUCAGUGAAUUAUAGCACCAAAAUAAUCGUUUGCUUGUAAAGACAAACAUCAGAGUGGUAGAUAAAAGCUAAGAUGGAACAGCGGGGUUGAAGGAUGUGUGAGAUUAACACUAAUUGAAAAAUAAUGACAAAUUGCGAAGGUCAGGCUCAAUUUUACAAUCUGCCCUUGACUCCCGUUACUUACAGGAACUUCCUGUUAGUGAGUUUGCAUGGCAAGAGGCUUCAUUCUUCUUGCAUAGAAACAAUGCAACCAGCGUAUAUUGCAAAUUGAUAUGUUGCUCAUUCAGAACGAUGGCAAAAUUUGAGCUCGACAACCUAAUAAAGAGAGAGAUGGUUCAUUUGUCACCAGAAAGGGGCGACGAAAACAAUCUGAGUCGCCCGCCAGGAUCUGCAACUUAGACCCAUCGAUUUCGGGGCCCGAUAUUUAGCAACUGGGACACUGAGGGCUCGACGGCGAUUCGAGCCGAAUGUUAGGUUCACGAGUGACAAUAGUCUUGCAUUCUGCUUUGAUGAAAAAAGCCAAAUUGAUUGAGCGAGAUAGUAGCUUCCAGUUCAUUCUUGAUCUAUCUACAUACACUUCUGCUUCGCGACUCUCCAAUAAAUCGUCACUCUCCCUUUUUGUUUUCUUCGUUUUUAGACAGCAUCAGUCGGGGUUAUAAUUCGGGCCACGGUGGACUGAGCUCUUCUAAAAGACCUUUUCCUCCCCACGCCGACUUAUUGGAGACAUGCGACUUCCUCAGAGAGAUCGGACCAAGCCAUAGGAAGUCGCUGGACUUCGAGAAACGUAGCACGUACAGCGUGUCGUUGCUGUCUGAAGAUCGAGGAGUUUAUCAUUCCAGAUUCUCUCUACCGCAUGGCUGUAUUUACCUGGCGUGGUUUGGGUGUCUGUCCACUGCUUUUACUGCUGCGCUGUUCACUAUUUGGUAUGGAGUUAGGUAAGAGUGUAUUUUUGGAGAGACAUUUUUAAUCAACUGUCGACAGAAUGCAGGGACUGCCCUACGUAAGAGUGUAAACGCUUAUGACCCCCGAAGAUAUUGGCGUUAAGAUCCCAAAAGAGGCAUGUUUCGAAAAAUGAAAGAAACCAGUUUGCGUGAGGUUUAACUCAGGAGACAACGGCCCGAUUCAGAUAUCCGUUCGCUCAUACAGGCAAUUCAUUAAAAAGAACACUCUAUCGUUGAAAGUUUAUUGAACUCUUUUUUUCCUUUUUUAUUAUUUUUGUUUCCCUUAGUUUGGGAUGGGAUUUGUCUGUUCGUUGGUUGCAGUCGUUAUUUUUCUCUUUACUGGAGUCUUUUCUCAUCUCUCAGUCAUUUAUGGUAAGUUAACGAUAAAGUGUUUGAAGUUGGGUGUACAAAAUUGCCAAGUAAUUCCAAACCUCUCUUGGCACUACUGAAAGAAAGCUUGAUGGAUAGGUAUAUGUAAAAAUCGUUCAUUCCUUCAAAGGUUUUGUAAGAGGUACAAUCGGAAAAGUACUUCCUCGAUUGUCGCGCAGUGAAGGGAAGCAGCUUUCCUAUACGACGACAUGUCUUUUACAAAGCUCGUUUCAGUCGCUUCCGGUUGAGAUGCACUUGAACGUGAAUUGUAAAGAGAGGAGCGUGCUCAUCUCUCGGUCAUGCAGCUGGAACACUAAGAUAUACAUUUAGGGCUUUAGAUAUACACUCUCUCCAGUUCUACUGAUAUAUAAAAUUGCAUUUUUUCAUCUUCUUCGAGGUUGUGAUCUUUAUAUUGUACAUGGCAUACAAGUCUAAUGCAAGGAAGGAAGACGAGGACAUUGAUGAAGGAUUUGAAGACUUGUCAUCUUCCGCUUUGCACGAUAUACACUACGGUCACAUUAAUCAAGGAUUCAAUGAAGCUGCGAGCGCAGAUGGCGAUGAUCUCCAUCCGGUAAGUUCAAGGAAAACGUAUCAAACAUUGCGUUUGUUCGGCGUUUGAGAGUGGCACUUAGGACCGCACCAUUUUAUCCGUGUUUAGAAUCAUUGCUAGACCCCAGACCUCUCGCCGACUAGCGUUGCCGAAGGCCUCAUAUUAGGGACCUUAAGCAAACCACGACGGCGACGGCAACGAGGACAUGGAAAAACAAAAGAUCUAAUUGGCAGAACAAUAGCUCAACACGUGCGUUUUAAAACUUUGUACAUUUCUUAGCCGUCCUAUGCAAAACAACAACGUGAAAUCACCACAAUUUGCGUCGUCAGCGAACUGAAACCGCGACGGCAAAUUUUUGUAAUUUCCAUUUGGAGCUCAACGCUUCUUUUAUACGUUAUGCUGAGGUUGAGGUGUGGCGACGUAUGAGACGGUAAACACGUGCAGCCAUUUUUUAAAUUCUAAUUAAAGGCAGAAAUUCACUUUUUAGUCGAAGUCUUCUUUGGCGUUGCCGUCCUGACUGCUUAAGUUCCCUAUUAGGGACCUUUGGCAGUUUGGACGGCAACGCCAAGGAAGACGUCGUUUUAAAAAUGAACAUAUAUUUAUAGUUGGAAUCCCGCGAAUGACUGGAUUUGUUUACCAUCUCUUAUGGCGCCGCAAGUUAACCUCAGCAUAACGUAUGAGAGCGGCGUUGAGUUCCAAAUGGAAACUUAAACAAUUUGCUGCCGGAGUUUCCUCUCUCGGACCACGCGAAGUUUGAUGAUUUCACGUUGUUAUUUUGCAGAGGACUGCUAAGAAAUAUACACAGUUUUAAAACGCACGUGCUGAGCUAUUGUUCUGCUCAUUAGAUCUUUUAUUUUACCACGUCUCCGUUGCCGUCGACGUCGUGGUUCGCUAAAAAUCCUUAUUUUCCCGUGGCUAAUAAACGCUCGGGCCUUUUCGCAGGCUCUGUACUAACAUUCCUUCCAUGCGAGUAUAAAAUUAUCGGUGGGCUCCAUGCUACGCAAACCGCGAUAAGCUAAGGCUGAUAGGACUUUACCGCUUGAAUCUAUCGCUAAGAAAUUUUUAUUGUAAAUAGAACAAGAGAAAUGGUAAGUUUUGCGCCCGGUAAAGAAAUAGCCAAAGAUGUUUUCGUCUAGUCACGAGCCUGGGACAAAGAAAAAAUUCUGAGUCCCCACAAGGAAUCGAACCUCAGACCUCCGAUGUUCUACCGCUGAGCCACAGAGACUCUACGGUGAGCGAGGUCAUAUAACACGCGUCCUGCAUACUGCUAGGAUCAGCAGUGUCGAUAGCGUCAUGUUUGUAAAUAGAAUAAGAGAGAGAGUAAGUUUUGAGCUUGAUAAAAAAAAUAGCGAAAGAUGUUUUUCGUCUUGUCACGGGCGUGGGACAAAGAUGACGCUACAAGCAUGACGCUAUCGACAUUGCAACAUCUUUCGCGAGCUCAAAACUUACGAUCUCUCCUAUUCUAUUUACAAACAUGACACUAUCGACACUGCUGAUCCAAGCAGUAUACAGGACACGUGUCAUAUGAACUUCGUAAUUGAGCAGGCUCACCGUGGAGUAUCUGUGGCUCAGUGGUAGAGCAUCGGAGCGGGGAAUCUGAAAGUUUGAGGUUCGAUUCCUCAUGGGGACUCAGAAUUUUUUCUUUGUCCCACGCUCGUGACAAGACGAAAAACAUCUUUCGCCAAGUUUUUUAACGUAAAAAACUGGCAAAACUAAGGGUAAGAGAUCGAAGCGUGACCUUUUCUAAACCGCGCUUGUGGUUUUAUAUUUUCUAAGUAAAAUCAACAAAUGAUGCAGACUGAUAUUGACUUUUGACACAGCUAAAAGCUCUCAUACCUUGCUUAUAGGCGCUGGCUCUUCGCCGUAGACAACGGUAUCUCAAGUUUCUGAAGCCGCCAUCCAAGUCAAAACUGUCUGAAGCACGAAGUAAAUGCGCACGGAGCAAAGCUCUCAAGGACUAUGCUGUGUAAGUCUUAAUCUAGGUCUCGAUGAUUCUCGCCAAGAACCAUCGUAAAUUACAGAAAUGUUUAGGUGACAAAUUUGCUAUGGUAACAUGUUAUGUUAUGAAUGCAAUCAAUUUUGAAUGAAUAAAAUUGAAGUUGUUGUACUCCGCAUCCUAAGAUGUGUACAAUUUUUGUGAAGUGGAUAGUGGAUUGAUAAAAACUUUUAUUUCAUUUAAUUUCAGAGAAGUGAUUGUGUCCAUUCUGUUCUUUCUUAUCACGUGCUUCCUGGUUUCGAGCAUCACAUGCCCGGAUGUGUAUCAUCUGAAUCAGUCGAUCAGAAAGGCAUUUUUCAGGUAUGCUAGAAAUCUCCUAUGGAUUUUUAUGGAUUUUUAUGGAUUUUUAUAGUCCAGUGCGAUCAUCUGUGUGUAAGAAGUCUUGAGAAGGGUUGAUGUUGAUCACUUUGACUGAACCAAAGUCAUUAUAAAAGUCAAGGGAAGUUGUUUUCAGCGCAGACAGUGCCAUGUGAUAACUUAUGGUCUGUCUAGCUGCUAUGUUAUUGGCUGUCAGUCUCAAGUAGCGAUCGUCAGUGUUGAACCUUGUGUCUUACCGCCUGUUUCAAUCGAAACAAUCUCGGUUGUGUGGCGUAAGGAGAAGAACUCUCUCGACAUAAUAUCUUCAUCAGUAUCAUUGACAAUGUCGUUGUUGCUGUAACUGUUGGUUUCGGUUGUUAUUACGGACAUUAUUUUAUCAUUGUCAUCAUUGCUAUCAUUGUCAUCAUUGUCAUGAUUGUCAUCAUUGUCAUCAUUGUUAUCAUUGUCAUCGUUGUUAUCAUUGUCAUCAUUGCUAUCAUCAUCAUUAUUCUUCUUUUACUGUUGUUGUCGUUAUAGUUAAUCUUUCUGUUCAGUCGAUCUCACCAACUAGUUAUUGGCGUUCCUUUCCUUUCCAGCUCGGUUCCUUGGUGAUAUGAUUGUUGAACUUAAGGUUGAACGUUGUUCGAAAUGUAAUAAAGAUCAUACUUGUUUGAGAAGUAUGUUUUGGUUGUACUAGCUAAUCCUACUUUUGUUUACCCACAAUAGGCCGGGAGAAGGUGAUCCUGACAGUGUCAAGGCGGCUUGGGAGGGCAUGUCCGCAGCAUUUUAUGAGAACAAUGCUACGUCUCAUUACACACCGUUUACGGUAUGUGGCAAAGUUCAUGAUCGAUACAUGUUACAUUGAGACGGCAGGGGUCCAUCCCUCUAAUGGGAAGUUAGCUAUGCGCUCUUCUUUCUGCCCUAAGCGUCUUUUUUCCUUGUUCUACGUUCUCUUCUUCUGCAAAAACUGGCUCUCCGAAUUCCUACUGGCAAACAACUACUAAUUUAUUUUGCAUGUUCCUUCAAUUUAAUUAUUUACGCAGAUCUUAUUACGUGACAGCCAGAGCCUUCUGUUUGGUCGAACAAUGAUCACGCAAUUCAAGACCACUAUGUCAAAGGUAAGCUCUUGAGCAACUUUCCAACAAAACGAUGUAUUUUUCAGUCAUAAAUAGUUGGGAUGUUUCUUGAUAAAUAGACCAUUUCCGAGGUCCAGACACUCUUACUUUCGAAAUUAGGCCAGAUGCAAAAUUUUUCUCGCAUGAAUGAGUUUUCUUCCCUGCAUGCUAAUGGCGUUCAUUUUCACCUUUGUGGUACUAAUUUGUAGGUUACUAGUAAUCCAGUUAAACAACAUUUCCUGAUUUUUUUUCUCUUCCGACACUUUCUAAGGCUUGUGACGGCAAUGCAAACACAACAGUGUGUCAUGUAACGUGUCACGAAAAGGAGGGCGCUUGGUUCAGCUUGGAACUCAACCAAACAAGGUACGUCACAUGAUUCGAUUGGCCCUUCCACUGAUUUAGGCCCUGAACGUUGGUUUCGCCUGAUAUACCCAAUAUUCAUUGUCUAGCCAGUCGCGAAGCAUUUAAUAGUUGACUAUUAAGGGAACAAAUCUCUAGGAACAAAUUUUGAACUGAAGGGGCGCUAUGAAAAGCACAGCUGUGACUGGUGACUCUUUAACUCUCAGAUCAAAUUUGUACUUCUCCUUACUGUCAACCAUACAAUUCUUAUAGGUUUAGUUCAGAGAAUUUAGUAUUGGACCAACCUAUUAUCCUGAAAUUGAUAUUUUUCUUUAUUCUCAUCACUUAUCUGGUUGAUAUUGUAUUGAUAUUGUGAGGAGGAAAUUCUGUCCUGGUCACUCAUAGGAGUUAAAGGGUUAAAGAUGGGCCCAUCCCACUAGGGGGUCCGCAGGCAUCCUCCGACAAAUUUGAAAUCAAUCUAGACACGCUCUUAUGCCAUUCCAAAGAGGUGGGGGCGGGCUCCCAGACCUUUCUCCCCCCCCCCCACUGAUUUUGCUUGAAGGUAUGUCGCAUGAUAAAUUCCUUAAAGCCCUUUGAAGAGUAUUGCAACUGCUAAUUUUUCCUUUUUUUUCUGCAGCGAAGAGUCUACAAAGCAGCUGAGAGGAAUCACGGAUUCGCAGUGGAUAAACAUCUGUACGCGCGAAGUGAAGGUGGAGUUUGCAGUUUACACGCCAUUUCUGCGUGCUAUCAGGUAAGGUGGCUUCAACUACUGGUUAUGGUUAUUGAGAAUAAGUGAAGAGUUCCUAUAUGAACUGUGGUGCUGCGUCGCUGGGUUGUAUUACAAGACAACUUUGUUGUAUCAACUGAGUUGAUAAUGUGAAUUGGCUACCGAGAAAAGAUGGUUUAGCUAACAUUUCAAGCCGCGUUUGCGCUUCGUCAAGGCAAUCAAAAUUCGCCAUUCAAUCUUAUUAUUUUCUUUUUUUGUUAUUAUUCAUUGCUUUUUUACAACAUUUUGUAAAUAAAGCGAAGAUCAUUCAAUCUGAAAAACUUAAGGGUUAACGCUCGAAACGUCAGCUUUAGAAUCUCUCAACUUUGGCCAAUUCACAAUUCAACUCAGUUGCUAAAAGAAAAUUAUCUGAUUUGCUGGUUGACUGCUUUCCGAUUGACUCCUUGACAGAUUGACUGAAUUUAAAGACUCACACACGCGGACGGUUUGGGUUUUGCUUUGAACGAAUGGCUAAUGCUUAUAACGUCGACUUUUUUAAUUCGUUACUUCUGCGGUUGAUUUUUCAUGAAAAACUUGCAUUUGAUAAUUUGCUAAGUGUUGAACUGAAUGAGUUUUUUUCUGAAUCAUUGUGUUUUUGACAUACUAAUAUUUUAGCGCUGCCACUCUGUCGGUGAAAGCAUCGUCUACUGGGAAGCCAUUAUGUCGACUGGAGUUAAACACCUUCCAAGUGUUUUUCAAAUCAACAGGACAAGGCUUCUUUGUGAGGAUUUGCAAGGUGUGUAAACAGUCAGUACCUCUUACGUCCGUUUGGCUGCAGUCAUGCGUUCGUUGAGGUGGAUAGUUGAUUGUUUUUGUCAUUAUUGUUCUUAUCUGUUGCUGUUUGAAGAAAAUCUCGUUUUCAAAAUAUGUUUCCUAUUACUAAGAAAAAAAAGAAAUGUGCCAAGCAUUUGUCGUGAGCAUGAGACAAACAAUGAAAGCUUCGCUCACGUUUUUGAACCCUUGAAUCAGCUGCCGUAUUGAGUUAAGCUUAAUACGAUUCAAGCGUUUUGCAUACUGCACAUUGAAAUUGUCCAGCGUUACAGUGAGAAAAAUGGUAGCGUAGGAACUAAAGUCAAUUGCGACACGAUGUACAAAAUUUACGUGUGGAAGAAAAUUGCUCAAAUACACGAAACAAGUUGCCAACGAAGUAUUGGCGUGAUAGGACUUAAAACUUUCUAGCUACUGUAUUAGACGGAUAGCUUGCUGCUCCUCUGUCUAACGAGUAUGACGAAUGAAGACAUGAUAACUUAUUAUUUUUAUUUUUAUUAUUAUUAUUAUUAUUAUUAUUAUUAUUAUUAUUAUGUGAUGAAUGUAGCGCUCCUCCCCAACUCAUUAUCAUCAGUCAUUCAAAAAUUACAGGGCUGUUCUACUAAGAGAUCUGUUCUUGAUCUGUUUCAGCUUCUGUUUGUUUUUCUAUUUCUUUAUCUCCUCCAACAUGAGUUUUUCUUGGCCAAGAAGAUGUCAGCUAAGUACUUUAGGAGCUUCUGGCGGCUGACGCAGGUAAAAAAAAUGCAAGGAAUUUGGCAAAAGUAUAAACCAACGUCUGAGUUUGGAAAUAUAAUUAGAAUGCUCUUCCCCUCUUAGCUGGUGGGAUGUUUAAAGAGGGUAUGUUUGUUAGGGUUUUGGGUAGAGGUGUGGGGCUUAAAACGUUCCUUGAGGAAGUUUCUACACUUAUUGCGUCCUUUAAUAGGAUGAUACGAAAAGCGCUUUCGAAGAAAAGAUACUCAUCCUGUUUUACAUAAGAAUUGUCAGGGGGCGAUCUUUCGACCCAAAAUUCGACCCACGAGAAAACUCGCACCUCAGCACCACAUCCAUUUUUUUUCAAGACCAAUUACUCCGUGACAAGCUGAUUGGUCUAUUCCUUAAAUCACAGAUAGUGGUGGCUCCUCCCAUGAACUUCGCUGUUUGAUAUCUCGUCAGAUUAUUCUUCUGACCAUUGCAACGAAAAGUGUUUUAAGAGAAGUUUAAACUUGUCAACUGUUUUUUGUUCCUCCCUCCCGUUUUCUUCUCUAGCUUUUGGCAGUUGCCAGCGCAAGCUUGUCCAUGGUGGUGUACAUCCGCUGGUCGGUGAAUUUGUACGCCCUGUUACGAGAAGUCCAAACAGCUAGUCAAACAGACGUGUUCCAUUACGCCAAGAUGGUUUCGUCGAGUCAGGUAAAGAAGAAGCGGUCUUAAAUAACUAAUGUGCAGCAAAUGAAAUUCAAGUUAGCGAGGCCCGCUGUGGUUAUUGAGCUCCACGAUCGUGGGCAGUCAUCACAAGCCGCUUGCGCGAUUUAAGAAGCUAAACGGGCGAGUUGUUAUCUUCCUUCCCAUUUGCUAAGCGUGAUUGGAGUCAAACACUAGAUGUAAGGGAAUGAUUUGUUCGGCCGGCAUGUGAGAUGUUUGGUCUGUGGACUGUAGACAGAAUGAAAGACGUGUUCGGUAUUGGCUGUAAUUGACGUAAUCCUGCCCUGAAUGACAAAUGAUAUAUGACCACCGAGUUUGCCCGUAGUUUUCAAUUACCACGUACAGUUCUGUUAUAACUGAACAGUACCAUUUCUUCGAUUUCAUUCCACUUUUUUAGGAAGCUCUGCAAGCAUUAUAUUCUCUUCUGUUAUUCUUCAUCAUCGUUCGCUCUUUGCAUAUGCUGAGACCUUUUCGAACCAUGGUCCGUCUCAGUAAAUACUUCGCUUCCGUCGUGCGUCCUCUGGCAGCCUGUUCGGUAGGUAUCAAAAAUUAACCGUAAAAGGUCAUGUAGAUUGCUUAUCAAUCAACAUCGAGCGUUUUGACUGUGUGUCAGUAAUGGACCAAUUAGAGACGAGUAUGAUAAAAAACGAGCUGUAAUUUUUCCUUUUGAAGAUAUAAUGCGUGAAAUACAACGGCUUGAACUAAUUUGUUUUAUUUCUUCGCCUCUCUAUUUAUCAGGAAAACUUCGGGUGUACAGUAAAACGUUAUUUCAGUUUUCUCAGUCUUAUCGGUGUUAACUUGAUUAAUCUUGCUUCCAAACGCCUUAAAGUUUACUUAAAAACUAUUUUUGCGAAUAACGUCCGCGCAUUUUGGACAAUCUCGUUCAUCUUUUAGCAAAGGCCAGACAUGCAGGGUGCUGCAUCAUGGAUUACCUCAUUUGCCCUUAGCAGUAAAAAAAUCUCAUCAACUUGGCUGUGAUCUAUUUGCAGGUUGGGAUCAUAAUCUUAAUUAUGGCGUUUGUUCAUACGGGACAUCUUUUGUUUGGUGGCCUUCACACUAUGUUCAAGUCGUUUGGAGACACGUUCUUGCUGGUUAGCAAUUUCUUUCGUUUGGAAGGCGUGAAUCAUUACCAAGGCCCGGCGGUUGAAGAGCGACCUGUGCUGAUUUUGUUUUACUUUGCUGUCUUCGUGGUCGGAUUCUAUACUUUUAUGAGGGGAGCGGUGAGUUAAGUGUUAUUUGGUGAAAACUGAAUUUUUAUGGCUAUAUGAAGAUGUAGUUUCCUAAGUCUCAAAUAUCACUGAUAGUUCCUGGUUUUAAAUAAUGAAACUCUUUCCCUUUCAGCUGUUGUUUGAUUUCGUCAGGCGGAAUGCUUUUUGCGUGGCAAGACAAAACAAAUCCUACCAGGGAAUUUAGAAAAAUUAGCGUGUUUAUAUGAUGGCGAUAAAUAGCUUCUCCCUUUAAGUAGCUGGAGUUCUGAGAAGGAACAGUUUGUAACCAAUUCAGUUACCUAUGACGGAAACCUUAAACCAUGUCGACGAGGCUUUAUUUAAUAGACAGGUCUAUAAACUAGACUAUAAAUUGACAGAUAAGUAGUCAGUUAACGUGAGGCUAUUUCGUCAGAGCUCUUUUUAAUAGUUUGUCGAAACCUCACACCAAAAUAAUUUCAACUGUCCAUUAAAAUGGAGGAAAGUGUCAGAAGAACAAAUUAGAACUCAACUUUAUUGCUGUUAGUCGACCCGUAGUGCGGAUAAGAACGAACGACCAAGGUGCGAUUGUUCUUAGUCUUGCAUCUGAUUGGUUGUUCAACAACCAAUCAGUUAUCCCAGUAAGUAAAACCAUUCCUUUACACAACAAGUUUCAAAACUCAGAUGAACGUUACUCUACUUGACUGUUUUGUUGUGUUUUUAUUUUGUUUAUUUGUUUUUUUGUUUUUAUCUCGGUAGAGUGCCACUGUGUUCCUGUACAGGGUACCGCACUACAAGAAAAAACGGCACAAGAAACUUGCAGUUGAGGAAUUCUUUCGGAGCAAGUAUGUAUUUAGAGCUUCUUUAUGAGUUUAUGUUUACAAUUGUCCUGUGUAUUGAAAUGGGUUAAAUAUUUACCACCGAUACGCAAACAUCAGGUUUCCACUUAUGUGAAUAUUGCAAAAACUAAAAAUAAAAAGAUUUGAACGGAUUUCAAAAUAAGAGUUAAACUCUGUUAACAAGCAUUUCCCCGCUACAAUGUCAGUACAUUAUCCAACGUACUAAUAGCAAACAGAAAAUACAAAAAUUAAAACAAAUUUAAAGGCUAGUUGGUUUGAUCUUUUAGAACUAUGAUUUUAUUACCUGAUUUGCAAAGAAGUUUACAACAGUUAGAAGGGAGGGGUGUUGAUUAGGCCCCGGCUUUUCGACGUCCGCUGGAUAAAUCUCCAUCCGGUGGAUGUCGCAGUGCGUUUUGCUAACACUCGUCCGCUGGACAGAGAAUUAUCCAGUGGAUAGGGUUAUCUGCUCUUUGAAUAAUUAGGCCCAGAUCGUCGGAGGUGAGGGGUAGUACUCAUAGAACACAUUUCAAUUUACUCUAUCAUUUUACGGCAGUAUUGUAUUUUCAAUAUUUAGAGGUGAUGGGAGAGCUACACUUUUGCGUUGUAAGAUUGAAACCACUCAAUUUCCCUUUGUUUUUUAAGAAUGCAGCUACUUAGGGAAAAACUAAAGAGAAGAGAAAGUGAUGCAUCAUUUUAUCCAGAUGAAGAGGAGGAAGACGAGAAAGAUGAAGGGGAAGAAGAGUUAGAGGAAUACGAGAAAGAUGCUCCCUUCCCUAUGGUGAGGUUUUAGUAGUCUUUUCAAGGCUCUCUUGGUCUAAAACAAGGCUAAAGAGGAAAAACCGCUUAUUACACCAUUAGUUGCCGCUUAUGGAAAAAUUUAUUGAAACCCCUGUAACCAACUAAUACCAAGUUUUGAAAAUGUCUUCACGGCUAUUCUGUUUGUUGGUGUAGCAUGAUCAACAUGUGCGUCACAGAAUCAUUUAAUAUUUCUGGCAGUAUGAUAAUAUUAUACUGUGUUCUAAUUACAUUAGACUACCGCCUCACUUUAAUUGAGGAUGGAAGCUUAGGGCACCCGAGGGCUUCCUCUAUGUCUCGACUGCCUUCAGAUAGAAUACUCUCCCCCCCUCCCCUCCCCCUUAAGCUGCCAAAUCCCUGCAACCCAGCUAUGAGCCCUUUAAGGUAAACUAGUUGUGUGGAAGGACUGAAAAAGCACAAAGUCGGAGGGGGGUGGAAUAGCUCUCUAAACAAAGUUUACCAACCACUCAGGACUGAAAAACAACCGCAACAAAAACUGUUGUUGAAUAUGGAAAUCCAACUGCAACGUUGUCGUUAUGUGAUCUUGCACGUGUGACAGUUAUCGCCUGGUGGUUAAGUUUUUUGAAUUGUUAUUCAACUUGAUAUAGGUUCACUGUAACAGAUUUACCUGAGAUAUAAUUAUUACUUGACUCUUUCAGGAGCACGUGUUGGAUGAAGUCCAAGUUCAAUUUGAAGAGUUAUCGCUUCGCAUGGGCAACUUAAUGGGUUCAGAAGUGUUCGACAAUAGCGAACGUUUUAAAGAUGACUUCCUGUCAGGCACAGAUAGCGAUGAAGAUGUGGAGUAUCUUUACCAAGCAGAGCCACGACCCGUUCCGUCUGCGAUCAGCGGCAGUGGAUAUGAAAGUGACCAUAGCAACAUGUCCGCGGCCAGGUGGAAUUUGUCGAGUUCCAGUUGUUAUGAUUUAGCGGAUUGUCAUGGCCCAAAUGAACCAAGGUCUGGACUGGUAAGGGGAACUAGUGCCAUUCCGGCAAUGUUUACUUCGGGUGGAUGUAAAGCUAGUCCCAGCCUACGGAAAAUCACUGCUUAUCCCGAAGAGGAAACAUCUAGGUUUCAAGGCAACAGUAACCCUUCUUGUUCAAGCAGCUAUGAUAUGUGCAGAAGCAAUCCGUCUUUCACUUUACGUGACGAUGGUCUUCGUGAAGGUGCUCUGCUUAAUACAAGGCUGCGUGAUGGUGUGUUACGUGGCGGUUUCUUAUUUGACGGCGUGUGGCAUGUUGGUGGCUUGCACGACUCUUCCUCGCGGGGCAACGAUCCUCGUGAUAGACCAGAUGUUGAGAAUGCAGCACAGUCAGACGGGGCUUUCAGUCGAGAUCAAUCGUUCUACUCAACUCAUGUCGUGCGUCCUGAAACUGAACCCAUUAUGCCCAAGAACGUGUAUUCCAUGGCACGCACCCAUGGAAGACGUUGCCGUGAGGCGCUGUCUCUUCAUCCGUGCGCCGACGUUGAUUGCAGCACGACAGAGGUAGCUACUAGCAGCGCCUCUGAACUAGAAGUGGGUAGGAAAGACAAGAAGUCUCGACGCCGCAAGAGUAAAGCCCUUUUCAGAAGCUCUGCAGUGUAUCCUGGUGAGGAGGGGUUGUCGUUGGGCCCAAAUCCACCCGUCCGAGGGCGGGAAGCUCAUUCGACAGACUCCCCGCACCUAAGGACCAAAUCACCUGUGCAUGCCGCUUGGGGCUUAGCUCCGUCAGCUUCUGAACGGGGUUUCGUAAAGAGCCCAGCUUCUCACGCUUAUGAAGACUCUAGGCUCCACGCAGCUGCACAGAUCCUUGUGCCGUCAUCACCAGAACGAGGUUUUGUUGCAGACCCGUGCCAUGAGGCCUUAGAAGACUCAGAUUCAAUAAUAUCAGCUAGGGAACUGGACUCGACUGCUUCCCCAGACCCUUACGUUCCAGAGGGGCCACUGAAAGGAAUUUUAGGUGAUAUAAGUAUGAACAGACCACUUGGUACUGAAAUAUUUCAAGACGAUUCACCGUCGCUUUCCACAGCAGGCGAGAAAUACAAAAUUAGAUAAGGAUAUAUCAAUUAUAUAUAAAGUUUUAUAAACACUUUAGAUGGACUUCGUCAUGUGCUGCACCUCGCACUCUGACUUUUAAGGUAGUAACGAGUCUCUUAUUGUCUUUUUGUAUGGCUAAAGGGGCAUGCUCAGGAGAUUCUAA